UAAGUCCAGCUCUACAUUAUAAAGCGAGUUCUCGUCUCCUUCGAGUGGAACUUUAUGCAAAAGAACUUCUAACUCGAGAAGAACUAGAAGACAUCACGAGAAUGACUGAGAUGGAAGCUGCAGAGCUGUUGCUCAUACACAUUCUGCCAAGAAAAGGACGGCAAGCGUAUGACACCUUUGUAAGCGUUCUCUUGAAUACGAAAGGACAAGAGUAUAUUGGUGACGGUCUCACUUGCAAUGAAAAAGGUAGUUGUGAGUUGUUACAGCACAGAGAGCAAGAUAACAAAUCCCAACAAACCGAUAUGACGUUCUUGUCACUACUCAUGACGAAAUUAGAGCUGCAUGUCCAUCGUAUGCUAUUCCGUCAGCAACACAAAUACGAAGUCCCACUGUCAUGGAAAAAUUGGCAAACUUCUCUACCGUCCGACAAAUUUCUCAGAAAUCAAGUUGUAACUAUUAACAGUCACCUGGUGGUAGGAGGUUUUGAAGGGACUGUCCAUGUUAUCCCUCUGCACGUCAAUCACAGUUCAUGGCAAACGUUUACAAGGCCUGCAGGUGACGUGAGAGCCCUAGCUUGCUUUCCCUACAUGAUCGUGGCACUUAUCUACUGCAAGAUGUCCAACCGAUCAUUCAUCGAGAGUUUCAAUCUUCUCGACGGUUGGCGUAAACUGGCCGACAUUCCGAACCCGCUCCAGCUUGGCGACGUCGCAAUGGUUACCUACAAUGAUCUCCUCUUCGUUGUUGGCGGUCGUACUUUAUCAACGUGGAGUCACUGCGUCGCUACGGCCGCGGUCUUUGACGUUGGGAACAAGACCUGGUCGAGACUACCAGAUCUUAACACGCCACGGUCUUCCUGCUCUGCUGCAGUGGUCGACAAUACUCUCUACGUUGGAGGUGGAAGAAACGGCAGUGGAAAUUUCAUCAACUCUGUGGAAACUCUAGAUCUCGGAAAGCUCGACAAGAGUGCACGAUGGCGAGGAGUAGCACCGACUAUAAGGUACGAUCCUACCCUAGCACACUGUAACGGAAAGCUUUUGGCUAUAGGCGGAUUGAGCAGAGAUGAUUAUUCGUCGCACAAUUCGGCUACUUCGACGGUUCUGUUGUUGGACAACGAUGCUAGUCACGCUUGGUUGCCUUUUCCGGAUUUGAACCACGAGUGGAUGUCGCACGGAGCGUUCGCUGACGAAAAUCUGCUCGUCGUCGCCGGCGGUCUCAGUUCUGCGCGUUACGUCAUCGAGAGUGCAAAACUCGAACAGAUUUGACUACAAAGGAACGUUCUGUUUUAGUGGUAUUUAUACCAUAAAUGUCGUCUUUCGCUUAAAAUGGUGGUUGUGUUGCUGACUGUUUUUGCUUGCUGAGACAGAAGCCGCGACAUUAAUUUAUCCCUCAUUUGUGGCUGUAAUUUGGUCAAAUAUUAUGGCAAUAUUUUUAAUAAAUAAUUUAUGUAUAAAUUAAUCCUGUUUAGUUUUUAUGCAGAAAUUUC